AUGGCACCGGGAUUGAGGACACUUUGUCACCAAGAGCGGUUCUAUUUGGACACGUUGGCCAACGCAAAGCAAUUUGUUUCUGGUUACGACGCAGAGCAACACAGAGGGCAUCUAGCAGGAUGGAAGCAACGGAUUGAUGGCUUGGAUGAGAAAUUUCAUGCCAAUCGCCUGGCCAUUGAAUUAUCGUUCGACGAUGAAGAUGAAGAUGAGCAGGAAGAAGAUGAAGUUAAGGUUGCAGAAAAGGAAGCGGAGAAGGCUGCCGCUCAAGAAAGCAAUCGGCUUAUUCGGCAGAAAUUCGAACUUGAUUACGUUUUGGUCUACAGCUUCUUGGCUAACGAAAUUAAAAUGCAUGCAUCGUGUUCCCAACCUAACCUCAACCAACAUCCACCUAUUCAGUCGCGGGUCAAUCUGCCUAAUGUGAAACUGCCAAGUUUUGAUGGCACCAUUUCGGAAUGGAUCACUUUUCGCGAUUCAUUCAAAUCGCUUAUCGACUCCAAUGCUGAUUUGUCGCAUUUCGAUAAAUUUUCCUACCUUAUGGCGUCUCUGACGAAAGACGCGAGGAAGGUGAUCGAAGCUAUAGAGCUUACAGCUGCCAAUUAUCCUGUCGCCUGGCAGCUGCUUGAAAAUAGGUUUGAGAAUAAGAAGCUUAUCUUCAAGACAUACAUGGACGCUCUAUUUUCGAUUGAGCCCAUGAAACGGGAAUCGUAUGAAUCGUUGACGCGGUUGGUCGACGAGUUCGAGCGAAACCUAAAGAUGAUUGACAAAAUGGGAUUCUUAACGGAGAACUGGAGUGUACUUCUGGCUCACAUGGUCUGCUGUCGUCUCGAUCCCUCAACCCUCAAGCAGUGGGAGUCAUUCUAUCGUUCAACAGAAGUUCCAGAAUACCACGAUCUUAUGGCCUUUUUGCGUGGUCAUUUAUCCGUUCUCCAGUCGUUGCCGUCGCCCAAAUCGUAUUCGUCGGAUUCUCACAAACCGGAGCAGCAUCGGCCGCUGAAAUCAAAGGCCGUCUACGCCGUCACCAGUUCAGCGACCAGCUCGUGUCCGUUUUGCUCGAAGUCCGCCCACUCUCCAUUCAAAUGCGAAUUCUUCCAAGGGUUGUCAGUUAAGCAACGCUUCGAUCUUGUGAAGAAAAAGAACUUGUGCAUUAAUUGUUUAUCGCCGGAGCACAUGGUUCGCAAAUGUUCAUCUGGUACAUGCCGAGUAGACAAGUGUCACCAAAGGCAUCACACUAUGCUCCAUCAAGCAUCGAUUGAUCAUCCAUCUACUCCUACUAACCCAAACGCUCCACGUUCAUUUCCUGUCCAGCCGGGAAAUCCUCCGAAUCAGUCCUUCUCGCAAACUCACUCGCCAUCGUCGUCGUCAUCGUCUGGAUCCCAACAGCCCUCUGCCACUAGCCUUGUGUCCACCAACGUCGUCGGAGCUCCUUCUGUUCCUGCUACUGUGCUGCUGCAGACGGCAAUCAUCAAGGUGUUCGCUUCGAAUGGACAAUCCCAGUGGGCCAGAGCCCUGUUAGAUCCAGCGUCGCAGUUGAACCUGAUCACCGAGAACAUCGUCCAAAGGCUGAAGUUGCGCCGCUACCACUGUCAUCAGGAGAUUGGGGGUGUAGGCAACUCUGUAAUCGUUUCGUCCUACGCUGUUCACGUUCAGAUGGCGUCUCACUGUACGGACUUCAAGGCUGUUCAAUCGUUUCACAUCUUGAAAAAUAUCACCCAAGAUCUUCCUACUAGAACUCUUGAUACCUCUACAUUGCAACUUCCACCAAACGUUGUCCUAGCAGACCCGAAGUUCUUUGUGCCGAGCUCUAUCGAUAUACUCCUCGGCAUGGAACUAUACUACGACUUGCUGCUAGAUGGAUUCGCGAAGCUGGGUCCUGAAAAGCCGAUCCUCCAAAACACCGUCUUCGGUUGGGUAGCGUCAGGCAAAAUAGGUUCCGGACAGUGCGACUCAACUCCAAAGGUAGCCCACGUAUGCAGUGACCAGUCUCUCGAUUCACUAAUCACUCGUUUCUGGGAAGUCGAGUCAUGUUGGUCAGCAAGUACCCAGUCUGCGGAGGAAGUCGCAUGUGAAGAACAUUUUGUCGCAAACACAUAUCGGGAUGAUUCGGGACGGUUCGUAGUCACCCUUCCCAAGCAUACAUCUAUUCUGUCCCAACUCGGAGAUUCCAAGCAGAUUGCCACUAGAAGAUUUCUCGCCUUAGAACGUCGUCUCGAUGCAAAUCCUCCGCUGAAGCAAGCCUACACUAACUUUAUCGAUGAGUAUCUUCAGCUGGGUCACAUGCGAGAAGUCAACGAUUCCACAUGUUCACCUGCUGUCCCGUCCUAUUACCUACCACAUCACGGAGUAGAGAAAGCGGACAGCACAACCACAAAACUACGCGUCGUAUUCGACGGCUCCUGUCGGACGGACAGUGGAGUUUCGCUGAACCAGGCACUGAUGGUUGGAUCAGUUGUCCAGGAUGACCUCUUAGCCAUACACCUUCGCUUUCGUAUGAAUCGUAUUGCCCUGAUUGCAGAUAUCGAAAAGAUGUACCGUCAGCUUCUCAUUCAUCUUUUGGACUACCCACUCCAGCGUAUUCUCUGGCGCAGAUCGUUAUCAGAACUGAUACGCACCUACGAACUCAUGACAGUCACCUAUGGUACUGCGUCAGCCCCGUUUUUGGCUACUCGAUGCCUAAAAGAGCUGUCUAAACAAGGUGCUGAAGAUUUUCCACUGGCGUCGCUAACGUUGGCAAAAGAUUUUUAUGUGGACGAUAUGCUGACAGGUGUCUACGACGAAGAAGAAGGAGAAGAACUCUGCAAGCAAUUACUGGCGCUUCUGAAGUCCGCCGGUUUCAGCCUUCGCAAGUGGGCAUCAAAUUCAACUGAAGUCCUCUCGAAAAUUCCCAUUGAACUGCGUGACGAACGAUCAGUGUUAGCCCUGGAUUCACCCUCUACUUCGAUCAAAACUCUCGGAAUCCAAUGGCAGCCCUCCUCGGACACGUACAGCUACGCAGUUCCCGAAUGGUCAACUCAAAUUGUAAUUACUCGGCGUGUCGUAGCCUCUGAUCUUGCCAAACUGUUUCUUCCUCUUGGAUUGCUUGGUCCUGUCGUAGUUCUGGCCAAAAUCUUCGUACAAUCACUUUGGCAGACUACUACUUCGUGGGACGAACCACUGACACCCAAGCAACAGCAAUAUUGGCGGGAAUGGCGCGACAGCCUAAUCGUCUUGCCACUGAUAUCCAUCCCACGAUGGGCCGCGUUCGCACGAGAUCCUGUCCUCGUCGAGUUACACGGAUUCUGCGACGCAUCUGAACGCGCAUACGGUGCCUGCGUCUACUUGCGGACCGUAUCUAUCGACGGAAGCAUCUCCGUCAGACUACUGUGUGCUAAAUCGAGAGUGACACCUAGCGGAAAGUCGAAGAACUCGGUUCUGAUCACACUGCCGUUGCUAGAGCUCUCAUCGGCACUUCUUUUGGCUCAUCUGUACGACAAGGUCAGCUUGAGCAUAAGCCUAAAGACAAAGCCCUUCUUCUGGACAGACUCCAUGAUAGUGCUUUGCCAGAUUCGUUCACCACCUGCUCGAUGGAAGAAGUUCAUCGCCAAUCGUGUGUCGGAGAUCCAGCGUCUUACCGCUGGAGGUAUCUGGUCACAUGUUCCCGGUUCCGAGAAUCCAGCGGACAUUAUUUCACGUGGUAUGAGCCUUGCGGACCUGAGAAAUACACCUGCCUGGUGGAUUGGACCUCAGUGGCUGAAUCAACCAUCUCGCUUCUGGCCACCGAUCAAUCAACCAAUUCCUGACAAUCUACCAAACAUCGCCCAAGCGGAACGUCCGAUAUCGCUGCCGGUACAAGCAGUACCACCCAACGAACUGUUUGAACUUCGUUCUUCAUUUCCUCGUCUGGUGCGGCUAGUCACCUAUCUACGCCGUUUCCAACACAACGUUUCGUACCAGAACCGCAACAACCGAAAAACUGGACAUCUCACCACGUUCGAGCUGAAUGACACUACUCAGUUUCUCGUUCAGAUCGCUCAGCAAGAAUCAUUUGCCCGAGAGUUGUCUGAAAUCAGCACCAGUGGACAUGUUAGCUCUCGCUCCGAGCUCAAAAACCUUUCACCAAUUCUGAUCAACGGGAUCCUGCGUGUGGGUGGACGUCUGCGGCAUGCAGCCAUUUCGGAAGACAGAAAACACCCAAUGAUCCUGCCCGCUCGUCACACGCUCACAGAACGAAUAUUGGUCCACUACCACGAAAAACAUCUCCACGCAGGGCCGCAACUGCUCGUCGCCUGUGUUCGAGAAAAGUUUUGGCCACUUCGUAUCCGUAACCUGGCACGGAAGGUGGUGCAUUCCUGUGUGAAUUGCUACCGCUGCAAGCCCAACAACCUCGAGCAGUUAAUGGGUGAUCUCCCACCUGAGCGAGUCACGCCAACGCUGCCAUUCCUCAACACUGGAGUUGACCUGUGCGGACCGUUCCAGUACCGCAAGUCACCGCGAGCAUCAGCGGCCAAAUGCUACGUAGCUAUUUUCGUGUGCCUUGUCACAAAAGCUACCCACGUAGAGCUCGUCUACGACCUUAGCACGGCCGCGUUCCUGGCUGCACUUCAUCGAUUUACCGCUCGUAGAGGGACGCCGAAGCUCAUCGAAUGCGAUAACGCCAAGAAUUUCAAGGGAGCAGCGAAAGAAUUGGCAAAACUACGAAGGCAAUUCUACGACCAACAACACCAAGCAGCAGUGAUCAACCACUGUGCAGACGACGGCAUUGCGUUCAAAUUCAUCCCGCCCCGCAGCCCGAACUUUGGUGGCUUGUGGGAGGCGGCAGUUAAAUCCUUCAAGAAGCACUUGCGGGCCACCAUCGGAAAUUCUGUGCUCUCCCAGGAUGAAUUCAUUACUCUGCUGGCUCGUAUCGAAGCUUGCCUAAAUUCCAGACCGUUAACUCCACUCUCUGCUGAUCCUAACGAUCUGGAAGUCCUUACUCCGGGUCACUUUUUAAUACAUCGACCACUUACCUCAUUUCCUGAACCCGACCUGUCCGAGAUCCCAAAAAACCGCCUCGACCGUUGGCAGGAGAACAACGAACUUCUCCGACGCAUUUGGAAGCGUUGGAGCACCGAUUAUCUCUCUGGCCUACACCCACGUACGAAAUGGACUCAACAGCGGGACAACAUCGACGUCGGCACUCUAGUGCUGCUCAAGGAGAACAACCUUCCACCCCUGAAGUGGAAGUACGGCCGAAUCACCCGUGUCUACCGUGGCGAGGAUAACAACAUCCGUGUAGUCGUUGUGCGGACGGCCGACGGGGAGUACACACGGUCCAUCUCCAAGAUAUGCGUCCUGCCGAUACGCCAACCCACAACGGACGUCGCUAGUCCGGCCAACCCAAACUCAGAGCAAUGA